UGUACGGGAGUUUCGAAGCGUUAUAGGAAAAAGGCUGCCGUGGCCGCUCUCAUGAUGUAAAAAAUACAUCAUAGCCGCUCUCAGGUUCCUCUCUGCUUUCGGUGAAGGCGCACCCCACACAUACGCCACAUACGUCACACCCUCUCGCCACUCGCGUAUCUUGCAUAUUCGAUAGUAUACAUAACCUAUUCACGUAGCCUUUGUCAAUUUGUACUUUGUAUGAUGUUAUUUUAUUCUUUGAUACGAAAUGGCCAAAUGCGCAUACUUCUUUUCGCAUAAAACGUCAUUAAAAUUUUGUCAUUCGAGACGCUCGAGAUUUCUUCGUACGUGUAACCAAACAUUAAACGUACGGAAAUUUACGACUGACAGACCGGCUAUCAUCUUGGGAAUCGAAACUAGUUGUGACGAUACAGGAUGCGGAAUCAUAGAUACUUCGGGAAAAGUAUUAGGCGAAGCGAUACAUUCGCAACUUCUUACUCAUUUGAAACAUGGUGGCAUAAUACCUACAAUUGCCGCUGAAAUGCACAGGCAACAUAUUACAACAGUUUGUGAGAAUGCGCUAAAAUCGGCAAAUCUAAGAUUAAAAAAUAUAGAUGCUAUCGCAACUACAACUAAACCAGGUCUUCCCUUAUCCCUUUCUAUUGGAAAUCGCUUUGGCAAAUAUCUCUGUAGAGUCGGUAAUAAACCCUAUAUACCGAUACAUCAUAUGGAAGCUCAUGCGUUAACUGUACGGAUGGUGGAGAAAGUAGAUUUUCCUUAUCUUGUUUUGCUUAUAUCAGGUGGCCACUGUUUGUUAGCGAUUGUUGAAAAUGUUGAUAAAUUUUACAUACUGGGUACUACAGUAGAUAAUGCACCUGGUGAAAUUCUAGACAAGAUCGCUCGUAGACUUAAGCUUGCGAAUCUACCAGAAUUCUCGCAUAUGAGCGGUGGUCAAGCGAUAGAAAGUGCAGCAAGCAAGGCAUCGGAUCCAACUAAAUUUAUUUUUGAACCUAUUUUGACAAGAAGAAGGGAUUGUCAAUUUAGUUUUGCAGGUAUAUCAAACAAAAGUUUUAGAUACAUCGAUGAACAAGAAAAAAAUUUUAAUGUUGCUGAUAGUAUGAUAAUCCCCGACAUAUAUAAUUUCUGUGCUGCCUUGCAAUUGUCUCUUGCAAAGCAUAUAUGUCUCAGAACACAGAGGGCAAUGGAAUUUAUUAUUAAUAUGAAUUUGAUAUCGCAAGAGAAGCGAACUUUGGUAAUAUCUGGCGGAGUGGCUUGCAAUAAUUUCUUUGCAAGAGCUUUAGAAAUUGUUUGCUCGCAAAGAGGCUUUAAUUUCGUCAGAACUCCACCCCAUUUGUGCAACGACAAUGGUAUAAUGAUAGCAUGGAACGGUGCAGAGAAAUGGAAGGUGAACGCAGACGUUCUUCGAAAUACAGAGGAAAUCGAAAUGAUUUGACUCUAAAAAAAUAGAUAUCCCCCUGGGGGUCAGGGUAAAUGAGUCGCAGUUUGCAGAUGGUUCUCCAGGAAUGGUGUCGCGAUGCAAUAUCCUAGGGGUGAAAUGAAACCAAUUACGAGGAGCAUCACGA